AUCCUUUAGACUCUCUGAAUUUGAGAGCUAGGUAUGCAGUUUCUUCCUCAGCUCGUGCAAAAUGGAGCGCCUUAUGGAGGGCAUCGUCCAAGCGUAGUUGCGAAAGGUUUCCAUAUCUACGAUGCUUCUGGGAUCGAGGAGUACACCGGUGGGACGCUGCGUCGCGUGUUGUUGAACGGCAUUGGAGUUCCCGUCGAGAUGGCGAGUAGCCUCGUGGUAGGAGCGGUGGAGACGGUAACCUGGGAAGGUCGGUGUGACUCGCGCCUCUGCUUCCGCGGAUGGGUUUCUCAGGGAAGAGGUUGUAGGCGUGGGUCAAUCGAUUAUAGGUGCGAAUGCGACCUAUCGGUUAACGCGAGGGUUUACCUCUUUUCCCCUAAAGUCGAGGUGAGUUCGAGGGGUCGACUCCGAAGGGAGAGUCGUGCCGCUAGGGCGGACGGAGGUCGACGGAGGAUCUGGGGUUGCCUGGGGGGGUCUCCCUGCUUCAGGUCGAUCCGGCUAGGAGAUCCCGACGUGCUGCGAUCUCCUCCUCAUUCAACUUGCGUCGGUGGAGGAGGUUGUUCCAAGUCGGACGAGGUCAAGUUUUCGGGUUGGUUCUCCGCUUUGAUCUCACGGGGGUUUGUGGUUUGGAUUCCUGACGGGAGAUCCGUUGGGAGGCGUUGCUCCAGGUCGAUGACAUUUGAGAUCGAAGCUGAGGAGCCGGAUUUUGUUGAAUCGGAGGACAUGGGAUCCAUUUUUGUUGUUUCGCAACGGAUGCGUUAGCUUCGGUGUCAGAAGAAUCUAU